UUCUUUCCACCCGCACCAGCUUUCGACUGGGGGAAUGGGGCUGGAGCAGCCUUCUUUCCGGACUUUGGAGGCUAUCAUUGAGAAAAGAAGACAUCAGCGAAUGUGAUCACCAAUUAUCUUCUUUGAACUCUAAAGAGACCACACUGGCAUUUCUGCGCAGAUGUAGCUCAAGCCAAAUCAUCAUCAACGCCCGAAGGCAGUUGACGGGAUACGCAUCUCGACGUGCGAUUGCUCGUAGAGGUCGGAGAGAGGCGGCGGCGAAUAAAGAGCGUCAAGUAUCAGAUAUAAAGGACAUCAAGUCAUAGCUUACCAUGAUGGGAUCGUGUCGCUGAAAAUGUCGCAGCGAUUGUCGUGUGGUGGUUGUCGAUGAUCGGGAGAGAGAGAGGAAAAGUUUCGUGGGAUUUUAAAUUAGAUUUGUGCGGAGGGCUUUCUUCGGCUGAUUGGGGACCACAUCCCUAUAUAUCUUGGCAUACACACGUGAUUGAGGGGCAAGGUCCUGGCCGGGGCGCCGUUCUUUCCUCGCGCCUAAGAUGAUUUCUCUGACUCUGACAGGCCUCACAAUCUUUUCCGCCAUCCGACUUAUUUUGAGGCGUUAGAGUCCUCAUUACUCCUACAUAUUUAUCAUGGCGCCUACAUUAUGCGCCAUCUGCCAAAUUGCUCGCGCCUUGAUUAUACGACCAAAGAACCACCAGAAACUCUGCAGAGAAUGUUUUAUUUCUAUCUUUGAGGCGGAAAUCCACCACACAAUCACCUCCACAUCCCUGUUCUCGCGCGGAGACCGAAUAGCAAUCGGCGCCUCUGGGGGAAAGGAUUCGACUGUUCUGGCAUCGGUCUUAAAGACCCUCAACGAACGAUACGAUUAUGGCCUGGAUUUAGUUUUACUCAGUAUCGACGAAGGGAUCAAAGGUUAUCGAGAUGACUCUCUCGAAACGGUCAAGCGCAACGCAGUGCAAUAUGACAUGCCCUUGAAAAUUGUCGGAUACGACGAAUUAUACGGGUGGACCAUGGACCAAGUGGUUGAGGUUAUUGGCAAAAAGGGAAAUUGUACAUACUGCGGGGUAUUUCGGCGGCAGGCACUGGACCGAGGGGCAAAAAUGCUUGGAAUAAAUCAUGUUGUUACAGGACAUAAUGCGGACGAUAUCGCGGAAACUAUCCUAAUGAAUUUAUUACGAGGAGAUUUGCCACGUCUCGCUCGGAGCACCAGUAUUGUCACUGGAGACUCUGCAAGCGAUGUACGAAGAAGCAAGCCGUUGAAGUAUGCCUAUGAGAAAGAAAUUGUUCUCUACGCACACCACAAGAAGCUCGAUUAUUUCACCACAGAGUGUCUGUAUAGUCCAGAGGCUUUCAGAGGAAGUGCCAGAAGUCUUAUCAAAAACCUGGAGCGAGUCAGACCGAGCGCAAUCCUCGAUGUCGUGAGGAGUGGAGAGGAUAUGGCAAAGCUGGUCCCAGAGGAAGUGACAGGAAUCAGUCAAUGCAAAAGCCAGAAAGUCUCGUUAUCAAGUGCUGAUGGCGAGAGAGAAGGUGCAGGUGGCUGUGGAAGUUCGAAUGGCCGGAAUAGCGGCGGAGAAAUGGCUGAUAUGGAAAAGAAGUUACAGCAAGAUGAAGAGGCUGCUUCAAGAGAAAUUGACGUGUCUUCGCUGGCAUCGAGUACAGCACAUAUUCAUCCCCCAGAGAAGAAAGGACACGAUCCCAAGACUGGAAAGACAGGUAGGAAGGAUGCAGGUCGCAAGCUUGUCAAGCAGACUUUGGGUUCUUGCAAAAAGUGCGGAUACAUGUCCAGUCAAGAAGUUUGCAAAGCUUGUACGCUUCUAGAGGGACUAAACAAAAAUAGACCGCAGAUGGAGAUUGAGACAGAUGUUGAGGAUAAUGAAAGCUCUACUCUUCGGAGGAGAAUGGGGGGGGUAGCACUUGCCGCUGGGUGA